GCCACGGGAGGAAGUUUCCUGAAGUUGUCCGCUUAUUCCGGAGCUCGGCCCUCGACCCGGCCGGAUCGUAGAGGCCGCCCUGCCUGGGAGAAGAAGUAGAAGUUGGGGUGCUAGGAGAGGAGGCGCCCCAGCCCGAAAGGCAGUCUUUGCCUCUUUUUCUUUGCUUCCCUCUCGCCUUUUGGGCACGCCGCCGGGAUCGGACUUGGACAGCAGAGGAGGAGGAACGAUCAGGGUCCCCAGAGCCGCUCCUCCGGGCGUAGCAAGCCCAAGGCCGGGACUCAGUGCCGCGUAGACAGUGUGUUGGGGACGAAGCUGCGGGCGGGGUACUGGACCCCACUAGGAUUAUAAAGCAGCGCGGAGGGGGAGAGGACCCCGGAGGACACCCCCCCCGGACUGGACACCAUGUGGAGGCUGCUGGUCUGGACUCUGCUGGCGCUACAUCGGAUUCGCGUGGCCGGAGCCCAAGAUGAUGUGUCCCCAUACUUCAAGACGGAGCCCGUGCGGACGCAGGUGCACCUGGAAGGGAACCGCCUGGUGCUCACAUGCAUGGCUGAGGGCAGUUGGCCGCUGGAGUUCAAGUGGCUCCAGAACAACCGGGAGCUGACCAAGUUCUCCCUGGAGUACAGGUACAUGAUCACAAGCCUGGACCGCACCCACGCGGGCUUCUACCGCUGUGUUGUACGGAACCGGAUGGGGGCCCUGCUGCAGCGGCAGACAGAAGUCCAGGUGGCUUACAUGGGGAGCUUCGAGGAGGGUGAGAAGCACCAGAGCAUUUCCCACGGAGAAGCUGCCGUCAUCCGUGCUCCUCGCAUUGCCAGCUUCCCCCGGCCGCAGGUGACCUGGUUCCGUGAUGGCCGCAAGAUCCCACCCAGCAGCCGCAUAGCCAUCACGCUGGAGAACACCCUUGUCAUCCUGUCAACUGUGGCUCCUGAUGCGGGCCGUUACUAUGUGCAGGCUGUUAAUGACAAGAACGGAGAUAACAAGACCAGCCAGCCCAUCACUCUCGCCGUGGAGAAUGUCGGGGGCCCCGCUGACCCCAUUGCACCAACGAUCAUCGUCCCCCCCAAGAACACCAGCGUGGUGGCUGGGACCUCGGAGGUGACCAUGGAGUGUGUGGCCAACGCCAGGCCCCUGACCAAGCUGCACAUCGUCUGGAAGAAGGAUGGGGUGCAGUUGUCCAGCGGCCUCAGCGACUACAACCGGCGCCUCACCAUCCCCAGCCCCACGGUGGGCGACGCGGGCUACUACGAGUGCGAGGCUGUGCUGCGGAGCAGCAGCGUGGCCCCCGCGGUCCGGGGUGCCCACCUUUCCGUGCUGGAGCCGCCUCAGUUUGUCAAGGAGCCAGAGCGACACAUCACGGCCGAGAUGGAGAAGGUGGUGGACAUCCCCUGUCUGGCCAAAGGUGUACCGCCGCCUUCCAUCACCUGGUACAAAGACGCAGCCGUGGUUGAGGUGGAGAAGCUGGCCCGCUUCCGGCAGCGAGGCGACGGCGGCCUGCAGAUCAGCGGCCUGGUGCCUGACGACACCGGCAUGUUCCAGUGCUUUGCACGCAACGCAGCAGGCGAGGUGCAGACGUCCACCUACUUGGCCGUCACCAGUAUUGCCCCCAACAUCACCAGGGGCCCCCUGGACAGCACGGUGAUUGACGGCAUGUCAGUGGUACUGGCAUGUGAGACCUCGGGGGCUCCCCGACCAGCUAUCACUUGGCAAAAAGGUAGGCGCAUCCUGGCCAGCGGCUCGGUCCAGCUGCCCCGCUUCACACUCCUGGAGUCGGGCAGCCUGCUCGUCAGCCCCACCCACACCUCGGACGCGGGUGCCUACACCUGCCUGGCCACCAACUCCCGGGGGGUCGACGAGGCCUCGGCAGACCUGGUCGUGUGGGCCCGGACCCGCAUCACCAGGCCUCCCCAGGACCAGAGUGUCAUCAAGGGCACGCAGGCCUCCAUGGUGUGUGGAGCGGCCCACGACCCCCGUGUGACCAUCAGGUAUGUGUGGGAGAAGGACGGGGCCACCCUGGCCGUGGAGAGCAAUCCUCGAAUCCGCCUGGACAAAAACGGCUCCCUGCACAUCACACAGACCUGGUCAGGGGACAUCGGCACGUACACCUGCCGGGUGCUCUCCGCCGGUGGCAACGACUCCCGCAGUGCCCACCUGCGAGUCAGGCAACUGCCCCAUGCCCCCGAGCACCCGGUGGCCACGCUUAGCACGGUGGAGAGACGGGCCAUCAACUUGACGUGGGCCAAACCCUUCGACGGGAACAGCCCCCUGAUUCGCUAUGUCCUGGAGAUGUCGGAGAACAAUGCCCCGUGGACCACUCUCUUGGCCAGCGUGGACCCAGAAGCCACCUCAGUGAUGGUCAAGGGCUUGGUUCCCGCCCGCUCCUACCAGUUCCGUCUCUGCGCCGUCAAUGAUGUGGGCAAAGGGCAGUUCAGCAAGGACACUGAGAGGGUUUCCCUCCCCGAGGAGCCGCCCACAGCCCCUCCCCAGAAUGUCAUCGCCAGCGGCCGGACCAACCAGUCCAUCAUGAUCCAGUGGCAGCCACCUCCUGAGAGCCACCAGAACGGCAUCCUCAAGGGCUACAUCAUCAGGUACUGCCUGGCCGGGCUGCCUGUUGGGUACCAGUUUAAGAACAUCACGGAUGCGGAUGUCAACAACCUGUUGCUAGAGGACCUCAUCAUCUGGACCAACUACGAGAUCGAAGUGGCCGCCUACAAUGGUGCCGGGCUAGGCGUCUACAGCAGCAAGGUCACCGAGUGGACCCUGCAGGGAGUUCCCACGGUCCCCCCGGGCAACGUGCAUGCCGAAGCUACCAAUUCCACGGCCAUCCGCUUCACCUGGAACGCCCCCAGCCCCCAGUUCAUCAAUGGCAUCAACCAGGGCUACAAGCUAAUUGCUUGGGAGCCUGAGCAGGAAGAGGAGGUUACCAUGGUUACAGCCCGGCCCAACUUCCAAGACAGCAUCCACGUGGGCUUCGUGUCCGGCCUGAAGAAGUUCACCGAGUACUUCACCUCCGUGCUGUGCUUCACCACACCGGGGGAUGGGCCUCGCAGCAGCCCCCAGCUGGUGCGCACCCACGAGGACGUGCCGGGGCCUGUGGGACACCUGAGCUUCAGUGACAUCCUGGACACUUCGCUGAAGGUCAGCUGGCAGGAGCCCGGAGAAAAGAACGGCAUCCUCACAGGGUACCGGAUCUCCUGGGAGGAAUACAACCGAACCAACACCCGUGUGACCCACUACCUGCCCAAUGUGACCCUGGAGUACCGCGUCACCAGCCUCACGGCACUCACCACCUACACCAUCGAGGUGGCCGCCAUGACCUCCAAGGGCCAGGGCCAGGUGACAGCCUCCACCAUCUCCUCAGGAGUGCCUCCAGAACUCCCAGGGGCCCCUACCAACCUGGGCAUUUCCAACAUCGGCCCCCAGUCGGUGACCUUGCAGUUCAGGCCGGGCUACGAUGGGAAGACCUCCAUCUCCCGCUGGCUGGUGGAGGCCCAGGUGGGCGUGAUCGGGGAAGGAGAGGAGUGGCUGCUGAUUCACCAGCUCAGCAAUGAGCCAGAUGCCCGCUCUAUGGAGGUCCCGGACCUCAACCCCUUCACCUACUACAGCUUCCGCAUGCGUCAGGUGAACAUCGUGGGCACCAGUCCACCCAGUCAGCCUUCUAGAAAGAUCCAGACCCUCCAGGCGCCUCCUGACAUGGCCCCGGCCAACGUGACUCUGCGCACAGCUAGCGAGACCAGCCUGUGGCUCCGGUGGAUGCCUCUCCCGGAGAUGGAAUACAACGGGAGCCCUGAGUCAGUGGGCUACAAGAUCAAGUACAGCAGGUCCGACGGCCAUGGCAAGACCCUGAGCCACGUGGUGCCGGACCGCAUGGAGCGGGAGUACACCAUCGAGGACCUGGAGGAGUGGACGGAGUAUCGAGUGCAGGUCCAGGCCUUCAACGCCAUCGGGAGCGGGCCCUGGAGCCCGGUGGUGCUCGGCAGGACCCGGGAGUCAGUCCCGUCCUCUGGUCCCACCAACGUGUCGGCACUGGCCACCACCUCCAGCAGCAUGCUCGUGCGCUGGAACGAAAUCCCUGAGGCUGACCGCAAUGGGCUCGUGCUGGGCUAUAAGGUGAGGUACAAGGAGAAGGACGCGGACUCCCAGCCCCGCUUCUGGCUGGUGGAAGGCAACGCGUCUCGCAGUGCACAGCUCACCGGCCUGGGCAAGUACGUGCUGUACGAGGUGCAGGUGCUGGCCUUCACGCGCAUGGGCGACGGCAACCCCAGCCACCCCCCCAUCCUGGAGCGCACGCUGGACGACGUCCCCGGACCCCCCAUGGGCAUCCUGUUCCCGGAAGUGAGGACCACAUCGGUGCGGCUGAUCUGGCAGCCCCCUGCAGCCCCCAAUGGCAUCAUCCUGGCUUACCAGAUCACACACCGGCUCAAUGCCACCACCGCCAGCACCGCCGCAGUGGAAGUGCUGGCCCCGAGCGCCCGCCAGUACACAGCCUCCGGCCUCAAGCCAGAAUCUGUCUACCUGUUUCGCAUCACAGCUCAGACCCGCAAAGGCUGGGGAGAGGCCGCUGAGGCCUUGGUAGUGACCACCGAGAAGAGAGACCGCCCGCAGCCCCCCAGCAAGCCUGUGGUGCAGCAGGAAGACGUGAAGGCGCGCAGUGUGCUGCUGUCCUGGGAGCCGGGCAGCGAUGGGCUGUCCCCAGUGCGCUACUACACCAUCCAGACCCGUGAGCUGCCCGGCGGCAGGUGGGCGCUGCACUCGGCCUCCGUGAGCCACAACGCCUCCAGCUUCACGGUGGAGAGGCUGAAGCCCUUCACAUCCUACAAGUUCCGAAUGAAGGCAACCAAUGACAUUGGAGACAGCGAGUUCAGUGAGGAGUCGGAGUCUCUGACCACACUGCAGGCCGCCCCUGACGAAGCCCCCACCGUGCUCUCAGUGACUCCCCACACCACCACCUCCGUGCUGAUCCGGUGGCAGCCACCAGCGGAGGACAAAGUCAACGGCAUUCUCCUGGGCUUCCGCAUCCGGUACCGGGAGCUGCUGUACGAAGGCCUGAGAGGCUUCACUCUUCGAGGCAUCAACAACCCUGGGGCCAAGUGGGCGGAGCUCACGUCCCUGUACUCCACGCGGAACCUGAGCCGGCCCAGCCUCACGCAGUACGAGCUGGACAACCUGAACAAGCACAGGCGAUACGAGAUCCGGAUGAGCGUGUACAACGCCGUGGGUGAGGGGCCGUUGAGCCCCCCGCAGGAGGUCUUCGUCGGGGAGGCCGUGCCCACAGCAGCACCCCAGAACGUGGCCGUCCACAGCGCCACGGCCACACAGCUGGAUGUGACGUGGGAGCCACCCCCUCUGGACAGCCAGAAUGGAGACAUCCAAGGCUAUAAGAUUUAUUUCUGGGAAGCCCAGCAGCAGAACCUUACUGAGCGAGUGAAGACGCUUUUCCUGGCUGAGAACGGUGUGAAGCUCAAGAACCUGACCGGCUACACUGCCUACAUGGUCAGCGUAGCGGCCUUCAAUGCCGCAGGGGACGGGCCACGGAGCACCCCUGUCCGGGGCCAGACGCAGCAAGCAGCCCCCAGUGCCCCCAGCUUGGUCAAGUUCAGCGAGCUGACCACGACCUCAGUGAACGUGUCCUGGGAAGCCCCACAGUUCCCCAACGGCAUCCUGGAGGGCUAUCGGCUGGUGUACGAGCCCUGCACACCAGUGGACGGGGUCAGCAAGAUUGUGACCGUGGACGUGAAGGGGAACAGCCCCCUGUGGCUAAAGGUGAAGGACCUGGCGGAGGGCAUGACCUACAGGUUCCGCAUCAAAGCCAAGACCUUCACCUACGGGCCAGAGAUCGAAGCCAAUGUCACCACGGGUCCCGGAGAAGGUGCACCGGGACCGCCCGGGGUGCCGAUCAUCGUGCGGUACAGCGCUGCCAUCGCCAUCCACUGGUCCAGCGGAGACCCCGGAAAAGGGCCCAUCACCCGCUACGUCAUAGAGGCCCGGCCUUCAGACGAGGGCCUCUGGGACAUCCUCAUCAAAGACAUCCCCAAGGAGGUGAGCUCCUACACCUUCAGCAUGGACAUCCUGAAGCCGGGCGUGAGCUAUGACUUCCGGGUCAUCGCGGUCAAUGAUUACGGCUUUGGCACCCCCAGCAGCCCCUCCCAGUCUGUGCCAGCCCAGAAAGCCAACCCCUUCUAUGAGGAGUGGUGGUUCCUGGUGGUCAUCGCCCUCGUGGGCCUCAUCUUCAUCCUGCUUCUGGUCUUUGUGCUCAUCAUCCGGGGCCAGAGCAAAAAGUACGCCAAGAAGACAGACUCCGGGAGCAGUGCCAAGUCCGGAGGCCUAGGUCAUGGGGAGAUGAUGAGCUUGGAUGAAAGCAGUUUCCCGGCCCUGGAACUCAACAACCGGAGGCUGUCCGUCAAGAACUCCUUCUGCCGGAAGAACGGCCUGUACACCAGGUCUCCUCCGCGGCCCAGCCCUGGAAGCCUCCACUACUCUGAUGAGGAUGUCACCAAGUAUAAUGACCUCAUCCCGGCAGAGAGCAGCAGUCUGACUGAGAAGCCCUCGGAGAUCUCAGACUCUCAGGGAAGUGACAGUGAGUAUGAGGUCGACCCGAACCCCCAGAAGGCCCACUCCUUUGUCAACCACUACAUCAGUGACCCCACGUACUACAACUCCUGGCGUCGCCAGCAGAAGGGCAUCUCACGGGCCCAGGCGUACAGCUACACAGAGAGCGACUCUGGUGAGCCGGACCACGCCACCGUCACCAACAGCAACAGCACCCAGCAAGGGAGCCUCUUUCGGCCCAAGACCAGCCGGACUCCAACACCCCAAAACCCCCCAAACCCCCCAAGUCAGCAAAGCACCCUCUACCGUCCCCCCAGCAGCCUUGCCCCUGGCUCCCGGGCUCCUAUAGCAGGAUUUUCAUCAUUUGUUUGACGUCGGAAGAGGAAAAAGAAUGAAAAAAACGACACCAAACGCCUCCUUUGCUGCUUCCUCACUGCCUGCCAGAAAACAAAAACACCAAGAAACGAAGUCAACUUUUCACGUCCUGAGUUUAUUUUUCCAAAGAUUCCAGGGCCAGUGAAGCUGGCGCUGAGAAGAAGGAAGAAGAAAAAAAAAAAAA